AUGUUCGUCUCUCCACCCUUCCCGGAUAUAUCUCCCAAGCCGCUUCCAGCCGUCUCUACCCCAGUACAAAUCGCUCCAUUCCGCACGUCACUUGCUAUUCAUGCUACACUUUAUGCGGCAGCAACGAAGCAGCCGAAGCAAGCCCACGAAAAUGAAGAUCUAAGCUUAUCGUAUGAUGUCGCUAGAAAUGCAAGAACGAGAGGUCAAUUCAAGCCCAAACACGCAAACAAGGGAACAAGCAGCUACCAAUUACGACAAUUCGCCGAGGCGACUCUUGGGAGCGGUAGUUUGAGGAAGGCUGUGAAACUGCCCGAGGGAGAAGACUUGAGUGAAUGGCUAGCCGUCAAUAUCGUCGAUUUCUAUAACCAAAUCAAUCUUCUUUACGGUUCCAUCACAGAGUUCUGCUCUCCACAGUCGUGCCCUGAGAUGAAAGCCACUGAUGAAUUCGAAUAUCUCUGGCAAGACUCCGAGAAUUUCAAGCGACCGACCAAGAUGCCUGCACCUGAAUAUAUCGAGCAUUUGAUGGCAUGGGUCCAGAGUAAUAUCGACAACGAAUCGAUGUUCCCUAGCAGGAUAGGCGUGCCCUUUCCAAAAUCCUUUCCAGUCCUGAUCCGUCAGAUUUUCAAACGACUCUACAGAGUAUACGCCCAUAUCUACUGUCAUCACUAUCCGGUAGUUGUUCAGCUCGGAUUAGAACCUCAUCUGAACACGAGUUUCAAGCAUUAUGUUCUCUUCAUUGACGAGCACAGCCUAGCAAGCGGGAAAGAUUUCUGGGGGCCUUUGGGAGACCUGGUUGACAGCAUGCUGAGGAGCGACUGA